GCAAAAAAUUAUAAAUGCAUAUUUAGAUUUGUAUUUUUGUCCCAGUCUAGAAACAUAAGCAGAAAACCACUAGAAUGAUGGCAAUCAUGUCAUAUGUAUUUAAAAGGAAAUGGCAUUAGUAAUUGAUCAACUUAAGUAUUUCAUCAGAAUUACAGGACCAAAUUAAUGUCAGUGUCUCUAACGAUGUCACUGCCUGGAACAUGACUUUUCUGCUUGUCAUGUCUGCUACUUGCCAGUAGAGUUUAUAUAGUUUGCAGAUUUGAAUUAACUAUGUUGGAUUUCCAACUUUUCCAUUUCAGAUACAAAGGCAUGGGAAGUAGACACUGUGAGAGGGCACAUGAAUAUUGUGUGUGUUCUAUUUCAUGCAAGGCAGGACAUUAUUGUGUCUAAUUCAGAGGAUGGGAGCAUUCAUGUAUGGGAUGCUACGAAGUGGACUGGUCUUCAGACAUUCCACUGGAACAUGAUAGGUUAUGGAUUCUUGCAGCUCAUCCUGAAACGAACCUUUUAGCUGCUGGCCAUGAUGGUGAAAUGAUAGUGUUCAUAUUUGAGAGGGAAUCCAGCUUUUGUGGUUUGUGGAGCAACCUAUGUACCCAUAUUCCUGGGACAAAAGGAUGUGUCAAACCCUUACUGCAGUUUACCGUUUGUUCCAUCUCUGGAAGGGCAACUUGUGCCAUUUGUAACCUUGCAGUGGUUGGAUCAGAUGCAUCAGGGUUACUCCGCUUUCCAGCCCAAAUAAGAUGAUCCAAAUUGGAAUUUAGGACAAUUUUCACCUUUCAGCACCGGCAUUGCUAUUGGACCCAGUUAUUUGUUUACUACUCUGAUUCUGUUUAGUUCUUUUAAACUGUUCAUUUGUAUUUUAAAUCUGUUUAACAUUUGAUUUUUGUUCUGGGUUUUCAGCAUUCAACACCUAAUAAAAGAACAUUCUGCAU